CUCCAAGAGACUGAAGAGAAAGGCAGUGACUUACAGUCUGGUGCCAUACUGACGAGCUGAUAUCAUCUGCAAGUUAUGCAGUUUCUCCUGGUGGCUUUCUUUUUGGUCCUCAGCUCAUGCACUGCUAAUAAUAAAUGCCAUGACAGAGGUUUCAAUGCCCAAAGAUGCAGUUGUUCCACCGCAUCAAUUGAGUGCAUCCCCAGGGGUAGCAGCUCAUCUGGUAUACUAUCUUAUUUUCCAGUAGCAACGAAGAAAUAUGACUCGAUUUUAUCAAUACACAUCAAAGGAGCAACAUUUACGCACCUCAACAAAAGCCACUUGGAGGCAUAUCCUAAAUUACACACUUUACAAAUACAAGAUAGUUCCUUGUCAAGUAUAUCUGCUGAGGCUUUCAGCUCUUCAACAUACUUAAACAAACUGGUAAUGACGGGCAAUAGAUUGACUGAAUUUCCAAAUUUGUCUGGUUCCAAAAGAUUAGUAAAACUUGAAUUACAGUACAAUAAGAUAAGAGACAUAUCAUACGACAAAGUCAAGCAAUGCCCUCUCCUUACUUACAUCGAUCUGAAACAUAACGAAAUCACUACAUUAAGAGAUGGAACAUUUCUUGAUUCUUGUAUUUUAACAACACUUAAUGUUUCUGAAAAUCCAUUGCACACGAUUGGCGAUAAUUUCUUUGAAGGUGUGUCCAUGACCAAUCUGGACUUGUCUUACACUGAUAUUAGUUCCUUUCCAACAACUGGUCUCCGUCGCUAUUUAAAAUAUCUCAACCUUGAUAGAUGUAAAAACUUAAAGACCUUCCCUCCCGCAAGAACUGACUAUGAUCCAUAUCUCUGCACUGAUCUCACCUUUCCAUUACUCAAGGAAGUGAAAUUCGAGUAUCAUGCUCUCUGCUGUCAAUUUAGAACACAGAAAAGUCUUAAGGAGGUAACAUUUAGCAAUAAUCGAUGCCCAUCAAGGACAAGAUCAUUCCUUUUCAGAAGUGCAGAUAAAGUAGAGAAACGUAAUGCUAAUAUGCCAUCACCAUCAACAACGCUGUUACAUACUUCAUUGUGCUGGAGUAAUGGAACUAUCAUUCCUUCUACUACACCAUCUAUUGUAAUGACUUCUUCUGAGCUGCUAUCACUCUCUAGUACAAGCACUGAAAUAUCAUCUCCUACAUGCACAUCAAUAGCAGUAACAGUAACACCAACAGUAACACAGACCCUAGUUUGUAUUGGUGAGACUGUUAGCUCAACAUCAAUUGCUGUCUCAACUACUACCUCAACUCCAACCAUCACUUCAACGUCAACCACUUCCACAACUCCAACUCCAACAGAGCCUCCGUUUGAUUGUAACACUUGUUAUGAUUCGGAAGAAUGCAAUUGGUGUCUUUCAAAUGAUUGCGAAAUAAGUGGAUGCGAAAAAUACACAACAUGCUGUGAUGAUUUCAAGAAGCGAAGGAGGAGAGACACUCAAGCAAAUGAAACAAUUAUUCUUGCAUCUUCUUCGAUUAUGGACUCUUUAGACUGUUCGAGUGUUCAGGUAACAAUAACUCCAUCAGUGACUGUCUCUCUAACUUGCUUCCAAGCCUCAACUUUCCCUUCACCCUCUCCAAGCAUCACUGAAUGCGAGAAUGAGCCUUGCAGCAACCUAAUCUGCUCACCGGUCGUACAAUCAGCAGUGACUAGUGGUUCAGUUACAAGCACUGUUGUAAUACCAUCAUCAUCAUCAUCUUUACCUUCUCCAUCAUCAACAUUACGUAGCUCUAGUUCAUCAAGUACCAGUGAUCAGAACAGUGCUUUUGUAGGGACACCAACUCCUACAUGCACUUCUCUCAAUGUCGCUCAAGGAUCUUUUUUUGAGGAAAUGAAGGAUUUUGUGAGCUGCUCCCCAGGAAACGACCCAUUCAAUCCCUGCACUGAUCUUAUAGACAAUAAUCUCCUAAGAGCUGGGAUGUGGUUGGUUAUAAUCCUUUCAAUAGGAGGGAAUAUUGUAGUAUUGAGUGCAACACUGUUGUAUUUCAUAUCACGAUAUUUGAAGAAUCAUAAGAAACCUCACCUCAUGUACUUUUUAUACAUUAACCUUGCAAUGGCUGAUCUUUUCAUGGGGAUAUACCUACUAACAAUUGCAGUGGUUGAUCUUGAUACCAUUGGUGACUACUCGAGGCAUGCUAUAGAGUGGCAGACUAGUGCUGGCUGUAGGUUUGCAGGUUUCUGUGCCAUCUUCUCCAGUCUACUCUCCAUUUAUACGCUGCUAGUCAUUACAGUCGAGCGUGUAUAUACUAUAAAAUUUGCAUUGCAGCACAAAAGAUUUCACAAGCAAACAGUCACCGUCAGCAUAUUAGUAGGAUGGGUACUGACAAUCACACUGUGCAUACUACCAAUGGUGGGCUUGAGUAGCUAUGAGAGAGUAGGCAUCUGUCUUCCUUUCGAGGCAAGAGAAACAGCAGACCAAGCUUACAUUGUAUUAAUCCUUGUCUUAACAGGCAUAGCAAGUUUUGCCAUCAUGUUCUGCUAUGUUCUAUUAUUCUAUUUAGUGGUAUGCAACAAUCGAUCGAUCACAAAGACUCUCUCAGGAAGAGAAGAGCUUAAACUGGCCCUGAGAAUGAGUUUACUCGUCAUGACUGACUUCGCUUGCUGGGCUCCUAUUGCUCUUUUUGGACUCACGGCUGUAUUCCAGAAGCCACUGAUAAACGUCACUGACUCUAAGAUACUAAUGGUAUUUGUGUUUCCACUCAAUUCCUGUCUCAAUCCAAUACUCUACUCUUUCUCGACUCGCAAGUUUCGCAGCAUAGUUUUCUCUGCAUUCGACCGAUGCAAUGUCUGUAAGAAAUGUUGCGCAAAGAAACAAAUCAAGCAAAACUCAAGCAACGAGGAGUACUCAACUGGGAAGAGUAAUUCAAGGCGAUCCUCUGAGGACGUCACUGUCAACGGACCGUUUUUAAAUCAACGUCAAGCUCACAGGCGUGGGACGGAGCUGUCACUCAUCUCUGGGUUUACAACUAGUUCUAGGAGAGGGAGUACACUGAGCGGUGGGUCCGAUGAAGAGACUCCUCCAAUGCAUUCACUGAUUCAUACGGGCAGACCUGAGAGAUCCUCCCAGUCUAGUCUUGGGAGUGACAACAGUUACUUAUCUGAACAAGGAGAGUCUGUCAUUAAUACUUCUACUUCUUCUCUCGGCUCACUCAAGGACAGGAGGUUUAGUCUAGCGAGUCUCUCAGGCCACGUCUCACAGCUGACAGCCUUACCAGAGGAAAAGGAAGAGGACCUUCCCUGUGAGAAGCACAGGGAGAGUACUCACUCGUCAAGCGACUCUUUCAACGAGAACAUACGUUUGGAAUACAAACCUGUCCUUGAUGAUCGCAAGCUGCCUACCAACCCAUCUUUCAUUCCUCUUAAUGAAGGAACAACCACAAUAUACAUUAAUGAGUGCAUUGAUGAUGAUGAUGAUGAUGAUGAUGAUGCUAAAGGACAUCAGAGGUCAGAGGAAGAACAGACAAUAGUUACAAUGUACAAUGAUGCAGAGGGCAUAGAAAUACAAGAAACAGAAUUGACUUUUACCUGAAAGAGAGGAAGCACAUUAAAUCAGUCAUGUAAACAAUCCUUUUAUCCUUUUAUUUAUA